UAAAAAACCAUCCCUUUUAUUUGCUAAAGAAGCCCUAGCUACACACCUCUUCUCUUGCAGCGGUAGGGAACCAACUGUUACACACAGCAGCAGAAGCAGCCAUGGUGAAGUACUCAAGAGAACCGGACAACCCUACUAAAUCUUGCAAAGCUAGGGGUUCUGACCUUCGUGUUCAUUUUAAGAAUACACGAGAAACUGCCUUUGCAAUCCGAAAGCUACCUUUGACAAAGGCAAAAAGGUACUUGGAAGAUGUUAUUGCCCACAAGCAAGCAAUUCCAUUCAGGCGCUUCUGUGGUGGAGUUGGGCGAACCGCACAGGCUAAGAAUCGCCAUUCUAAUGGACAAGGCCGUUGGCCCAUGAAAUCUGCAAAAUUCAUUCUCGAUUUGCUCAAGAAUGCCGAGAGCAAUGCUGAGGUGAAAGGCUUGGAUGCAGAUUCACUUAUCAUAUCUCACAUCCAAGUAAACCAAGCACAGAAGCAAAGGCGCCGAACAUAUCGUGCACAUGGAAGAAUUAACCCCUACAUGUCUUCACCGUGUCACAUUGAACUGAUCCUGUCUGAGAAAGAGGAAGCCGUCAAAAAAGAGCCGGAGACUCAGUUGGCUCCGAGGAAAUCAAAGGGUGCUUCGUCUUAAACUGCUGAGUAAUGGAUUGUUAGUCGGAAGCUUUUAAUUUGUUGUCUCUGUAAUGAGAACAUUUUUGUUUACUUCACAAUGAGGUGCUUAAGACUCAAAAGUUUGUCUGUGGAGAUUCCUGGUUUCUAUUUAAAGCUAUGCUCAUUUCGCAUUGAA